AUGCUGGGACCGCCAGUCAAUCUGCCCAAGUGGCUGGAAGAGAACUCGCAUCUUCUCCAGCCUCCCAUCAAUAACUACUGUGUCUAUAACGAAGACUUCACUGUUAUGAUUGUCGGCGGACCCAAUGCCCGCACAGACUAUCACAUCAACCAGACCCCCGAGUGGUUCUACCAGUACAAGGGGGCCAUGAUGCUCAAGGUCCUCGACGACGGCAAGUUCCGGGACGUCAUCAUCAGGGAGGGCGACAUGUUCCUCCUCCCGGGCAACACCCCCCACAACCCCGUCCGCUUCGCCAACACCGUCGGCGUCGUCCUGGAGCAGCGCCGCCCCGAGGGGUCCCUCGACCGCCUGCGCUGGUACUGCCCGGACUGCGUCGAGGUCGUCCACGAGGCCUCCUUCCACUGCACCGACCUGGGGACGCAGGUCAAGCAGGCCGUCGAGGACUUCAAGGGCGACGAUGCCAAGAGGAAGUGCGGCAAGUGCGGGCUCCUGGUAGAGUCUGCGCCGAAGCCGGGGUCGAUCAAGGACCCCAACCUGGAAUAG